UCCAUAUAUAAAGGGCCGGAGCUGAUCAUUAACGCAAUCACCCAAUUCAAGAUUAGCUUAAAGAUUACGAUCUUGGGGCUGUGUGAAUCGAAAAUGUCACAGUUUGAUAUGUACGCAUACGAUGAAGGACGACAGCAUCAGCAACAAGAACCUCGAAAGAAAUCGAAAAUGGCGUUAUUGUUGUUAGUGUCCAGAGUGGUGACCUCGGUUGCGCUCCUUGUAUCCAUCGCUUUAACGCUGACCACCAAAAAGACUUACCAAGGAUAUAGUAUCCGCUAUGAUGACUAUCAUUCUUACAGGUACACGUUCUACGUGAUGAUAAUUGGAUUUGUGUACAAUCUGCUCCAAAUCCCUCUUGCUAUAUACUUCUUCUUCAGAGGGGAGCUUCUAAUACGUUACAGCCGCUUUGUUAAGUUCCAAUUUUAUGCUGAUAAGGUGAUGGUGGUGUUACUAGCAGCAGCAGUGGGCGCAACAUUCGGUGCGACCUCGGAUUUGGAUAAGCAUGCAAGGAAUGAGAGUGAAUGGGAGCAUAGACUUCAUGAUUACUGGAGUCUUAUGUAUCUUCCAGCCAGCAUUCUUCUCGUUGGUUUCGUAACCUCUCUCAUUUCUGCAGUUAUCUCUUCUGAAACUACUCUUGCCAAGAGCCAACACUCAUAGUUUACAACACUUAUUGUAUUUGAGAGAGUACGUUUUGCUCAUGUAGUAUUCACACUUCCGAGGUUGUUUCAUAUUUUCAAUUAUUGUUUUCGUCACUCAAAAUAAAAUACUGUACUUAAUGGUUUUGUAGUCGAUUGUAAUUUUAAGAUAAGAUAUUGGUCCUGUUUGGUAAAUGGUUGUUGGCUGAUUGGAUUGGUUGUUUGGGUUA